AAUGUGGGACGGGAAGUGAGCGGGACUUGACUGAGACCACCAACAUUUCUGCUGGAGCGCCAAACGGAAGGCACGCGCUGUUCCCGCAAACUCACACCGAGGCGUCAGCAGCUUCACGCGCUCCGCUCAGCUGGGCCGGUUCUCACAGGAAAUCGAAACGCACGCGCUGGGUUGAUAAGCCGUCAGAGGAGCCGAGAGUAAACAGAGUGGAGAAACCGCACGCGGGGGACGGAGAAGGCGACUGAACAGAGUUUCCAAGAAGCGGACAUCAUGAAAACGGUCACCGAGCGGCUCCGGUUUUUCAUACUCAUACAGUGUCUCCAGACUGGAGCUUUAGUUGACUCCUCUUCUCUUUCCUCCGCCAUGCUGUCCAUCUCCUACAUGGCGGGGGACCAGGCGAUUCUUCCCUGCAGCUGGAAGUCCCACCUGGGCGAGGCGGCUCUGCCCGUCUGCCACGUCCAGUGGGUGACCCCGUCCGACACGGUGUUUGAACAGCGCGGGAACGACAAGUGGCAGGCGCCGGAGUUCGAGGGCCGGGUGAGGGUGCCCGAGGAGAAGCUGGGGUCGGGGAAUUGUUCCCUGAUCAUCAGCGACGUUCAGCUCGGAGACACGGGGCGCUACGACAGCUUCAUGGUGGUGGACGGAAAGAGGUCCAAAAGAACUCGGGUGUUCAUUCAGGGCGUCAGGCUGCUUGUGAGCGAUCAUAAAUCCUAUCAGGUCCAUCAGCCGGGCGAGGACAUGGUGCUGCAGCUCUACACCCGUCACUCAGUCAGAGUGGUCUUCCAGGCCAGAAACGACUCGGAGUGGUCGGACCUGUGGAUGAGGGGCGAUAACAACAGUCAGCGCCUGGAGAAACACCUGCUGCUCGAGCAGCUGACGGUGAAGAGGUUAGAACCAUCAGAUGAAGGAAUCUACAAAGUCCUGGACCAACAUGGCCUCGCCGUCAGCACCGUGCAGCUCUCUGUGGAUGCACGAGCCCGUGCUGACCGGAGAGUCCAGGAGACGCUGGAAUACGUGCCCACAGAUGUUGCUGCCAAAAGCAGCUGUUCAGCUCUUCUCACCCUGGCGGUUCUCGUCCUGAGUUUCCAGACUCUUCAGCUUCUCUGAGUUUCGUCUGUACGAGCUGCACACGUGACUCCUGCACAUUACAGCCAGCAGAUGGUGACAGUUCACCAGUUUGAGAGCUGUGAAUCUAAACUGAGCCGUGUGUGUGUGUGUGUGUGUGUGUGUGUGUGCGCGUGCGCGCGCAGUGCCCGGUCUUCAGAAUGAGUGUGACAAGAAAAGACAACUGUUUAUUUUUUCUUGUGACCCUCAAUCGUCGGCCGGUUUCUUAGAAACGCAGCCGCGGCUCAGACUGCGACGCAGGAGGUUUGUUCUUACACAUGAAGUGUACACUGACACUACGAUGGAUGGAAACCUGCAGCCUGCCUCUGUUUGUUCACCUCUAAAUGAGCCGCGCUCCGAUCCUGAUAAGGCAUCAUUUAUAAAAGGCACUUUUUAGGUUGCCAGAUAUGAGAAAAUCCUCCCUCAUCAUGACUCUUUGCCUUUUUAGCUCUUUAUUUCAUUAUGGAGACCCCUGCAGUGCAGUUAUCGCCUCUGUUCUAGAGAAGCACCGAACCUCGUCACCACGGAAACCACUGCCGAUCCAACGGAGACACAGAUGGAACAGUUUCAGUCACUUUCCAAGCAAAACGAGUGAAAGAUACAAAACAACAUAUCAAUGAAUCAGAAAGUCUGACCUGUUUCACCAAAACGUCUCAGCACAAAACAGUCAAACAGCUCAGUGUGAACGUCUGCAUCUACAGAUCCCAUUAAUAAUGAUAGUACCACCACACAGGGGAGUCUGAUCCAGACUGUAAAAGUCAUCAGAGAUCUACGACACUCAGAAGACGAGUAGGAAAUGACCUGAAACGGUUAUGUUUGGGUUUCCUUCACUGACCGUGGGAAAUCAGCACUUUCCUGCCCAGGGGUCAGAGUUUAUUGGGGGAUUUUGGGGGGGGGGGGUCACCGUGAUAAAGAGCUAAAUGAAUGAGGCAAAGUGUGAUGACAGAGGGCGGAGCACGUCAGCAGCUCAUUAACCUUUUGGAAAUGGUGCCUGAUGAGGAAGUGACUGCUCUGGGUGAGGAUUUCAACAGUUAAGAAUGUAAAGAUAUAUAUAUCUGUAACAUAUGUAAUAUAUUUUGUUAAAUGUAUUAAAUGGACAAAAAACACUGUCAGAUUCAUGGAUUCACGUGUGAAGAGUGUGUAAGCACAAAGGGCGGAGCCACUGCAGAUCAAACAGUCGGAUAAAUCCAGAGAAGAUGAAAAAAAAAAUUUCAAUGAAAGUAUUAUGUUUAGAAUAAAACUCGUGUUUCUGGAAACAUUACAUUUGCAACAAAACUAUCUUUUUUUAAUUGCUCGUUGCCCCGUGUCCAACACGACCAUGGCGCCAAAGACGCCGCCCGCUGUGGAUGAACAGAUCAGCUGGUGUUUCGGGCUCAGGGGCGUCUGUGGUGUGAUGAGCUUCAUCCAGCCUCAUUGUUAUCCACUAAGAAACACUUCUAAUGAUUUUUCAUAAUUCAAAGUUAUUUUAAUCUUCUUUUGCCUUUUCUCGUCACUUUCAGGACAUCUCUGCACUUAGAAAGGCCUCGAUGAGCUUCACAGGAACCCUUUAUCGAUGUGGUUGAUCAGAUUUGUUGUCCUGCUGUAGCUUUGGGUCGUAGCUUUAAACAGUCUUUGAUUCUGUAUCCAAUCAGACGCAGUCAAACAAUGUCCGAGAGCUUCAGCUAUCAGUCUAGUCACACCGCGGUGCGUUUGAGGACGCUGUGAUAUUUGCUGUGUUGUGGUGUUGGUGACAUUCAGACUGCUUUCCAUAGUGAACUAUAAUCAUUUAAAUUAUUACGAUGAUCUUUGUGAGAUGAAUAACAACAAUAAAUAAAGCACGCAGACA